AUGAGCUUAGCUAAUGCUACUACAUCAUUGAAGAAAACUUCAUCAUCUGGUACAACAGAUUCACCGUAUCUUGGUUCGAAAAUUAGUCUUGUAUCAAAAGCUAAAAUUCGUUACGAAGGUAUUCUAUAUACAAUCGAUGCUAACGAAUCGACUGUAGCACUUUCGAAAGUACGUUCAUUUGGUACCGAAGAUCGUCCAACUGAUCGACCUGUACCAGCUCGUGAUGAAGUCUUCGAAUAUAUUAUUUUUCGUGGUGCUGAUAUUGAAGAUCUCCAAGUACGCGAACCUCCACAAAGUUCAUUAACUCAGGAUCCAGCUAUUGUUGAGUCGUCGGCAUAUCAGGAUAAUGCUCGUUCGAAUUCAAUUGGAACCAAUACUAACCUUGCAGGAAUAUCUCAGAAUGGCCAAACACGUUCAUUAUCCAAUCGAGGUACAAUGCCAUCACCACCUGUCCGCAAAGGUAAUAGCAAAGGUGUAAAAUCAUUUGAACCGUCACGUCCAUUCAAUAACAAUCAACAACGUUCAUCAAGAGGAUUUCAUCAACAAACACCAUCAUAUCAAUAUGAUGGUCAAGAUUAUUCCUAUGGUUAUCAACGACGCGUUCGUCAACAAGAUUACUAUAACGAUUAUAUUCCAAAUCGUCGAAACAAUGGUUACACCGAUUGGCCACGUAAAACACAACAUUUUUCAAGACAACCACAAAACUACAAUGACAAUGGAUAUUAUCCAUCGAGACGUCAACAACCACCAACAGGAAGAUUUAAUCAUCGCCAAAGACGAAAUUCAACCGGCGGCAUCCCUAAUAAUCAGCAACACACGCGAAACAAUCGCCAACAACGCGAACGUAGUAAUGGCAACAAUCAUUCAUCAUUGAAAUUCGUUGGUGAUUUCGAUUUUGAAAAAUCGAAUGCUGAAUUUAAUAAGAAUGCUAUUGAAGAUGAAAUUAAAAAGAGCUUAUCAAUUAAAACACCUAAAAUUGAACCAGUCAUUGAUUCACCUAAGAUUGAACAGGAAAAUAAUAAAGAAAAUCAACCGACAGUUUCAUCAUCAACACAAUCCGAGCCACAGGAAACCCAUGCCGAUGAUUAUUAUGAUAAACAAAAAAGUUUCUUUGAUCGUAUUUCAUGUGAAGCUACAGCAAAAGAAAAAACUAAUGCUCGUCGUAAUCGCAACGAAGAACGUCGUGUCAAUGCUGAAACAUUCGGUUUAAAAUAUCGUUCAAUACAACAAGGUUCAAGUCAACGUACUGGCUACCGACGAAACUAUAACAAUGGUUAUCAUCAACGAAGCUACGGCAAUCGCAAUGAUAUGUACUACGGCAAUGUAAGCAAUCGCGUGCGGGCCUAUUAA